AUGCACGGCUUGUCACUGUCAGCCAAAACUAUAAGUGAUCUGAUCAGAGUACUGCCUGUUGGAUUUCUUACUCUAUUCUCCACAGAUGCCAGUUGCACUAUGAUGGAUACUGAGCAAAAGUCUGCACUUGGCAAUCCUUCAGGUGGACAGCUCCAAAGUACUUCCACUCCAAGUGGCGAAUACAACAACACCUCAUCCAAUGUGGCUUCCAAGCCCAGAGUUUUCAAGGACAAAGAUGACAGCCGCUUUACUACUUUCAUGAAUGAUUCCAGAAUCUCUGAAAUAAUCAAUGAGUACUUUGAAAGAGUAAAUUUUGCCCAACACAAUGAGUAUCCAAGUAUUAAAC